AUGCCUUCAAGAAGAUCACACAUCAAAUCACAUCACGGUUGCAGCCAAUGCAAACUCCGAAGAGUUAAGUGUGAUGAGCGUCAGCCUGUCUGUUCUAGAUGUAAAGCAUACAAAAGAGAGUGCACGUAUAAUUCCGUCAUCAGUCAAGCACCUGGUCAACAUAGUUUUGAGCUACGACCACCGCCGGUAUCUAAAACACAGAAUCAUAAACCGCCUCUCAUAAGAUCAUCUUCCCGACGCAAUCCACCUCAAAAUCAAAACCCCCUCCACAGCAGUCAAGCACGAAUUCUAUUCGGUUUUCACACAGAAGAAGAUGCUCUUCUUCAUCAUUAUGUCAAUGUCACUGCUAGACCCAUGACAUCAGCAUUCAAUCGUCCGGAUCAAAGUAAAUGGGAAGGAGCAGUUCGACGCAACGCUUCAACCCACGGGAUGGGUUGGAUGAAAAGCCUUGAUUCCAAUCUUAGCGUACAUCUCCGACAAAAAGUAAUGAGAGCUGAUGUAGCCAAUACUCCAGCAGAAGGUGAAGAGUAUCUUGAACAAUUACAAUGUCAAGAAAUUGAGAAGCUAAAAGACUCACAUCUCCGAGACUUGUAUAACGAUAUAUCCUUUAAAGUUCGGCAAAAUUUGAGAAGAACACAGCAAUUUCCCGGAAGAGUUUGGCCUGGGACGGCACCACCAGCAUACAUUCAAUGCGUAAAAGAAAGGGAGCCGAUUGCGUUGGUAUUAGUCGCUUAUUGGGCGAUAGGACAAGAUAGAGGGGUGGGGUAUAAUUGGUGGGCGAGGAAUUGGGCGAGAGACUUGGUGGAGACGAUCGGAGAAGAGUUAGAGGAGGAUUCGAGAUGGGGCUUGUAUAUGAGGUGGCCAAGAGAGAAGAUGGGACUAGUUUGA